AUGCACGGACUUCAUAAUACUUCCUUUGCAGACUGCGCGAAGCACGAUCCCGAUGUGAGUGAGGACACGCAGAAGAACUUCGCAGAGCUACUAUCGGAGGAGUUAAAGCUGCGAGAAGCCGAAGCGUUGGAGAAUCAGCAGCGUGCUGACAUGGCACUGCUUGAAGCGAAGAAGAUGACAUCCCAGUACCAGAAAGAGGCGGACAAGUGCAAUUCUGGAAUGGAGACGUGCGAGGAGGCAAGGGAAAAGUCUGAAGUGGCUUUAUUAGCGCAGAAACAGGUGACGGCAAUGUGGGAGCAAAGGGCGCGUCAAAAAGGUUGGAAGGAAGGAAACGGCAGGGCUCAAUCCUAGCUGAAUCAUCACACGUAGUUUAUUAGAAAUACCAAAAAAUGUCAUAUAUAGUUUCUUGCAAUCGGUAACGGGGCAUGGUGCUCUGGUUGAAGGGCAUCACAAGCUCCAAAUACCAGGUGUUUUUGCUGUAAGCGAGCAUCAGCUUCACGAGUAUGAUUCAAGACCGAUGAAUGUUAUCGGAUCUUCAUGUAGAGGUAUCAUUGUCACUACUAUUAUUUACCAUUUGGAAGAAUACAUACAGAGUUGUCUCAA